AUUCCAGCAACCCUGCAAGCCGGCUGGCAAAAGAGACAGCAUCGGAUUUGAGCGUUCGGACAGCAUUCUCUAAACCUGCUACGAAUUCAUCAGUUUUGUGUACUUGUCAUAGACUCGCUACAGGAUAGACCGGCUCUGUGUUGUUACUCUGCUAAAACGAAACGAUGUCUUUGUCAAACGGCACAACAGACGGCAAUGGGCUGAAAUGGACCGUGGGCCUUCUCAACAGCAAAUACAAGUACUUGACGGCCGAGACUUUCGGUUGUAAAGUGAACGCAAACGGUGUCGCAUUGAAAAAGAAACAGCUGUGGACCUUGGAACCUUACGUCGGGGCAGAAUCCGAAGAAGAAACCGUGUGCUUGAAGAGUCACCUUGGCAAGUACCUGGCUGUCGACCAAUUCGGCAAUGUCACCUGCGAUUCCGAAGAUUUGGACGGUCAUGCUAGGUUCAGGGUUGUGGUCAAUGACAGUGGCAAGUGGUCUCUCAUGAAUGUCACCAGAGGAUACUUCCUCGGUGCCAGCGAUGACAAGUUGAUUUGCUCUGCAAAAGCUCCUGGUGAGGCUGAAUACUGGACGGUGCACCUUGCUGCUCGACCACAGGUGAAUCUCCGUUCUGUGGGCAGACGUCGCUACGCUCGCCUGUCGGCUGAACAGGAUGAAAUCCUAGUGGACGCCAACACCCCAUGGGGUGAGGACACCCUCUUCACCUUGGAGUUCCGCGAUGGCCGCUAUGCCGUGCAUGCUUGCAAUGGUCGCUACUUGAAGGCGGAUGGCAAACUUACAGAACAAUGCGAAUGCCUGUUUGGCCUCGAAUUCCAUGGGGGUUACCUGGCUUUGAGAGACCCACAGGGGCGCUACAUCAGCUCCAUCGGCAGCAAGGCAGUGCUGAGGACGCGCUCGCAGACGGUCACAAAGGACGAGCUCUUCUCAUUGGAAGAUUCUGUGCCUCAGGCCGCUUUCGCAGGCUUCAACGGGAAAUACGUUUCCGUCAAACAAGGUGUUGAUGUAACAGCCAACCAAGAUGAAAUUUCUGAUCAUGAAACAUUCCAACUUGAAUACAAUGAGAAAACCAAGAACUGGCACAUUCGAACCAUGCAAGACAAAUACUGGUCUUUGGACAGCAGUGGUGGAAUACAAGCCAAUGCUUCUAAAGGGCCAUCCAGUGGACUUUUUACUUUAGAAUGGCUCCCAGAAGGUAGCAUGGCAUUCAAAGCUAACAACGGAAAAUAUGUAGCUGCCAAGAAGAGUGGUCACCUCUAUGCUAACAGUGACAAAGUGGAAGACAUGGAAAAGUUCUACUUUUAUCUCAUCAAUCGUCACACUCUUGUGCUCAAAUGUGACCAGGGAUUUGUAGGCUACAAGAGUGCAGCCUCACCAAAACUCGAAUGCAAUAAAGCCACCUAUGAAAAUAUUUUCGUAGAAAGGAGUGAAAAGGGUCUAUGCUUGUUUAAAGGUAAUAAUGGAAAGUAUUGGAACACAAAUAGCGAUGGCACCAUAUCAGUUGAUUCCGAAACUAGCCAAGGAUUUUACAUUGAGUUACGAGAACCCUCCAAGUUGUGCAUCAAAACAAAGGAUGGAAACUACCUUGUAGCUGAAAAAAAUGGUGUCUUCAAAGUGGGUGGAUCUGAUCCUACAACUGCCACAACGUGGGAGUAUUAACUUCAUAUUCAAAAACUCGGAAAAAGGAAAAGACUUUUUUGCUCACUCAGUGUUAAAUGUAUGUGUAGUAGCAAUUUUCUCUUUCCAAAGAUACAUUUACUAACAAUACUAGAUGCUGGUAAAAAAAGUAUGCAUUUUUUUUACAGUUAAAAUAUUUUACCAGCAUCUGAUUGUUGCAAUUUUUUAUUUAUUUUAAGUUCCUCUUAAUAUGCAUAACUGUAACUGCUGGCAGUAAUGUAAGUGCCAAUAUGGGUGAGUGGAUCUAUUUUUUUUUUUUUUUUUUUCGAAUUUGAAAUAUUCCAUCUUAGUCACAUUUCAUGAAUUAUACACAUUUGCUGCUUAUUCUUUUUAUUUUUUGUAUUUACCCAAAUUGAAAAUUUAACAAAAUAGGAUUUUUUUUCCCCUAGAAAUGCAUUUUGUACUCAUUCCAUUUUGGAGAUUGUCAUCAUGACUGAUCUUUUUGAUCUCUAACCGUGUACUUUCUUAUAUAUGUCAUAGCUUUUUUGUGACUUUCUUGUUUUAUAUAUAUAUACACGCAUAUAAGUUUACUACAUGAAGUCUGUAUCUGUCUCUUUAUGUUUUUCUACCUUUAAAUACAGAUUUGACAGUUUGUACAUGAUUUCUAUGAAGUGAGAUUUUAUACCAUUUUGACAUAAUUCUGAAGUUCUUGUGGCUGAUUGGAGGUUGUGAAUCAUUGUCCACCAAUAUUUGCCACUCAUAAUAAAAAUUGUGAAAUUUGUCUUGCAGUAAUGUAAAAAAAUGAAUGAAUAAAAACCACUUUAAUAGUCUA